CCGAGCCUUCAUUUUGGUAGUCGUGGCAAGCAGACGUCCUCGCAAGUGCCCCAUAAAUCCUCCCCUUUCUCUAUAACACACAUGUGCCUUUAGCACUUCGGAUGAGCCAACCCGAUCGGCUGACCACGAGUUUCUGCCACACAAGUGAACCCGUUCAACACCAGAGCCUUGCCGACAUAUAAUCAUCGAAACGUGUUGAGCUUUUUACAAGAAACAACAUUGAAGACAAGAGGACAGACUCGCUGUAGCCCGAGGCACAGGAGGCAGUGGAGGGCUGUUUCACCAGAACCGCCCCGUGGCAGAGUAGACCAAGUUACCACCACCGCCGACCGUCUGUGACGCCGAAACCCACGAUACUUCUGUUCCCCUCGCCUGUUCGAACUGCGCAAUACCCCAAAAGGUCGUGUCGCCUGCUCGCAACCCCCACCGCAUGGCACUCGGCUCCUCGACCCGUCCACGAUGGUCACCCGCCUCCCUCACCACCAUGUCUCCCCAAACCAUACUUCCCAGCUUUGUCGCCGACGCAAUAUGGCCCGACCACAAGUCUCCCCUCCAGACUCAUAGGCUACACCCGACCUCCUACCUCGACGGCCUGCGAGGCGUGGCCAGCCUGCUGGUCUUUUUCUGCCACUACACCGAGGAGAACCACCCGUACCUGGUACCCACCUACGGUCUCAACAAGGAUGGCGAGUCGUCCUUCUUACAACUACCCUUCGUGAGGAUCCUAUACAGCGGCCGGCCCAUGGUUCACAUCUUCUUCGUCAUCUCGGGCUUCGUGCUCUCUUACAAGCCCCUCAAGGCGAUCCGCACAAGAGACCUGGAAAAGUGCUACACCGCGCUGUCCUCGUCCACUUUCAGGCGGCCGUUCCGACUGUUUGGGCCGUGUCUGGUCUCGACCGCGAUAAUAGCCGUGUUGAUCCAGUGCGGCUUCAUGUACAGGCCCCUGCCCAGCCUCUGGAGGCAAAUCCUGGCCUGGAUCGACGCCCAGUUCCACAGCAUCACCUGGCCGUGGGCUUGGGACUUUGACCUGCGGCCAGCCUUCGACAUCCACCUGUGGUCGAUCCCAAUCGAGUUCGCCCACUCCAUGCUGCUGUUCCUGACCCUGCUCAUGGUCGCCAGGCUGCGCACGCGGGCGCGCCUUGCCAUCGAGGUGCUCCUGAUGGCCUACGCUGUCACGUGCGGCAAGUGGGCGGCAUUCGAGUUCUGGGCCGGCAUGAUGCUGGCCGACAUACACAUCAGGCGCACGUCUCGGAUGAAGCGCUACGAAGCCAUCGACUCUUAUUCGCCCUCGUCGCCGGGCACACUACCCCCCAUAAUCGAGAACCCGGCCCUGCACUGCUGUGUGCACGGCGCCAUCUUCCUAGCCUGCAUCUUCACCGGCGGCUGGCCCAACUUCGACGCAGACCGGACGCCGGGGAUCCGAUGGCUGCUCGCGCGCACGCCCUCGUCCUUCCCACAGGUGGACAACGUCACGCCGCAGAAGUUCUGGUUCGCAGUGCAGGCCAUCGGGAUGGUCUGGACGUGUGGGGAGCUCCACUUUAUCAAGGAGUUCCUCGAGGGCGAGUUCGCGCAGUAUCUGGGUCACAUCAGCUACGCGAUAUAUAUUGUGCACGGGCCGGUGCUCGAAUGCCUCCAGAGGCAGGUUGCAGGGCGGGUCUACGAGGCGCCCAAGGGGACGCCAAAGCUGCCGGGCUUCAGGCCCGAGGUCCUGCCCAGCGGGGUCAAGGGGAUGGUUGGGAUCGACACGGCGACGCAGAGGACUGUCUGCUGGGUCAUGGGGAUGAUCCUGCUGGGCCCGAUUGUAAUCUGGGUGGCAGAUUUGUUUUGGAGAUUAGUAGAUAUACCCAUGGUCAAGCUGGCCAGGACGAUCGAGACAAAAGUGCUCGACAAUGAUGUUGACCUCGGGGCGAGAUCAAAUGGCAACGCCCAUUAGAAGUGCAACAGAGUCGGACCAGUUUAUUACUAGCAUUUAUGACAUUUUUAUUAUUAGCAAUACAAAAAAGAGAAAGAAAAAAUAAGAAAACAGAAAGACUUGCUACUGUCCAAGACGCAGAAUUGCAUG